UUAUGAGCCCAGAAGAAAGCGCGAAAGCAUAAUUUGCAGAAGGGUUUUUGCGAAAGAAGGAGAAGAAACGAGGAAGAAGAGUUUGAGGCGCAACAGAAGCAAUGAAUGAUAAGGAAUCAAGCAAAAAGCGGAAAAGGGCGAGGCGUCGCGACAGAGCUCAAAAUGAAAAGCUUAAGCUUUCUAGCGAAAAGGAAAGUGCUUCCGCCGCAGAAAGAAUCGAUGAAGACGAAGAAGAAAGUACAAAAACUUCUGCUUCUGCUAAGCGCAUAAAAUCGCAGGGACAGCUCUCAAAUUCCUCUAGCUUUCUCGCUAAGAUGAAAGCGAAGCUGUCAGGAGGGCAUUUCAGGAUGAUCAACGAGAAGCUCUACACUUGCACUGGAAAAGAGGCGCUUGAGUAUUUCAAUGACGAUCCAACAUUGUUUGAUACAUACCAUUCAGGAUAUCAAGAGCAAAUGUCACAUUGGCCUGAGCUUCCAGUUAAUAUAAUCAUAAAAUGGCUAAAAGAUCACAGUCCUUCUCUGGUCGUGGCUGAUUUUGGAUGUGGGGAUGCACGCCUUGCAAAAAAUGUGAAGAAUAAAGUCUUCUCCUUUGAUCUCAUCUCCAAGGAUCCUUCAGUAAUUUCCUGUGACAUGUCAAAUACUCCGCUUGGCUCUUCAUCUGUAGAUGUUGCUGUCUUCUGCCUUUCAUUGAUGGGGACUAAUUUCCCAAGUUACCUCCGUGAAGCGCACAGAAUUCUUAAGCCAAGUGGUUGGCUUUUGAUAGCAGAAGUGAAGAGCAGAUUUGAUUCAACAACUGGAGGAGCUGACCCAAAGACAUUUACAAAAGCCGUCUGUGAUCUAGGAUUUACCUCUGUGUCAAAGGAUUUCUCAAACAAGAUGUUUAUAUUGUUUUACUUCAAGAAAAAGGAGGAGCAAAGUUCAAAGAAAAAGGAGGUUGAGUGGCCUGAGCUGAAACCUUGUUUAUAUAAGCGCCGCUGAGAUGGAAGGCUAUGUGUUUGUGUUAAGUCAGUUCAUGGUCCUUGUUGCCUACUUUUUUGGUUGAAGAUGAAGUUGUAAACCAGUUGGCAUGUACUGUAGAAUUUGAUGAUUCUUUUAGCCAGCUUUAGUUUCUAAGAGCUGAUCAAGAUACUGCUAUUUGUUUGAUUGUGUGUUUUUCCCUCUCAACAAUUCUGUAAUAGAGGUUACUACAAAACCUCUUUGAAGACGAUGUCACAUAGUCAUGUAUUUGCAACUCUCUGUCAACACUCAGCCGAUACUUUCUCUCUGUUUCCUUGGUUUAAGAUGUUCUGUUCCCUUGCUUUGUCCUUUUAAGAUAAGAUAAUACAACCAAGCCAAAUGCUUCCUAUUUGCAUUUA